AGCAGUGCAUUAUUUUUGUUUUCCGCGUUUGGUUGCAUAUUUUUUUGAAAGAGUUUUUAAAACGUAUUACUAAAAGAAAAAGUUGUUAAAUACCAUGGCCUCAAAGCAUAAUUUAAACCUUGAGGACCUGCUGUCCGGGUUUGAUUCAAUGAAAAUCUCUGCUCUACGGAAUGCUGCUAGAUUAUCCCCACACAUUAAGGAACGUACCAUUGGUCCCGAUUGUGCUGAUCUCUCCCAGAGGAAAAUCGUUGAAAAGUCACCCGUAAAAGUGGAAAGUCUCAAUGAUACUACCAAAGAAAAUGAUCCCAACGUAUCGAAUGAAAGUCCCAGCACGAACGGUACGCCAAAGUCAGCGGAAAAAAAGAAAGCUAACGCAUCACAAUUUGCAUCCGUCACGCAUACUGAUGUAACGGAUUGUGCCUCGGUACAGCUAAAACUGCACCAACAGGAUAUUGAGCGCCAAAGGUUGGCCAGCGUGCAGAAAACACUAGCCGAUCGGCAAACUAAAAUAAGGCUAGCCGAUGAAGAACGUGAGGCACAGCUAGCUAAAAACCUGCAAGAAGCUGCUCUGAAUGCCGCCCGCAAGGUAAAGGAUACCGAGCAACGUUUGCUAAACGCCAUUAAAGAGCAGGAACGGCUAGCGCAGGAAGCGACGGCCCGAAGGCAGGCAGAAAUUGAGCAGGAAAAUCGUAGAUUAAACGACAUUCAAGCACAGCUGAAACGGCGUCAGGAGGAGAUACGAAGGAAAGCACAACUACUAGAAACGCUACGUCAACACAUUGGUCAGUUUCGGCUGGGAACGGAAACGUUUACCAAAGCGCUGACCGUGAUCGGUGUGCAGCAUGCAACGAAGUUUACCAACCAGAAAAAAUCGGUCCGGAUGUUACAAAAAGACUUUGAGCAGCUGCUGCAAACGAUAAACUCCAACCAGGAAGUUAGUCAAACGGAGAUCGAUCAGGCAACCGAUUACUGCAAGCUGCUGGAUCAGGUUAAUGUUGAGGUGACGGAAAUAUUGGCACAAAUCGAAACCAGUCAAAAACAGCAACAAGAACAGGAGAAGCUGGAACAAGCGAAAGCUGCGGAACCGCCCGCUCCACCCGUUCAGGAGCCGCCACAGCAGCAAAACGACUCAAAACCAACGGAUAGUACGGAUAGCGCGGGCGGCGUAAUACAACCUGCGGGACCAGCAGUACAGGCAACGGAAAAUGAACCUUUCUUUCAACCGGUCUCGGCCGAGUGUUUGCAAUUUUACAACGAAAUUAAAAGUUUCUAUGAACAGCAUCAACAAGCGGUGAAGCAACUGAUGGAUGACCCGUCCAUGAAAACGUAUCGCUUCAACUGCCAAAAAGCGAUCAAUGUACCGGUGAACGCUAUAUCGGCCGUAAAUCGGGAGCAUUUCAUCGACAAGUAUAAUAAGCUGGCGGCACUACUCAGCGGACAGAACGUUAAGGCUGGUGACGGGAUGGUGUCCAUCAAUGGGCAUCCACUCGGGCGAACGUAUUGUACGAUGCUAUUGGCGAAAAAGUUUGUGAGUCAAGCGGAUACGAGCAUUUCCAGUAAUGCGAGUGCCGCCUUUCCGGUGGCCGCUAUCGCCGUCGCCCUUUGGCAACGAUUUCCUGAUUUUGGACGAUUCUUCCUUGCCUAUCUGCACCGCGAAUGUCCCUACCUGGUGCCGUACUAUCUGCCCCAGCUCGAAGGCCAAAGUCAGGAAGAUUUUCUCAAAACGCUUGGCUAUCGAUUCGCUGACGGCGGUGUGCUGGAAAAGCAGGAUCAGUAUUUGAAGCGAAUGUCCGGUCUAGCGCGGCUGUAUGCAGCCGUCAUCAUAACCAUACCGCGGAAAGAUGAUCCAACGCCGCAUCCACACGGGAUUGAGUACGGUUGGCGGUGGUUAACGAACAUACUGAACCGAUUCCCACAGCCCGACAUCUGCGCAACGCUGAUAGCGGAAUUCCUGCAGACGGCCGGUUCGGAUCUGCACGCUACGUAUGGGAAUCAACUCAUAAAGGUGCUACAGGUGCUGCAGGGUGACUACAUGACAGCGCUGAACCGCAUCGAUACGGGUGGUCCAAAGGCACGGUUGGAGGGAUUGAUAAAGAAAAUUCUAGCGGAAGGUCGUAUCGAGCGACCGGAGGGAAUAAUGAGCGUUAACUUUUGGUAGAACCCGUUGGCGUAUUGCGAGUAUUUUGUAUUAAUUGCUAUCCCACUUUCUUUCCGACCGGUAUAUUGUCUUAUUUUCAAACUUUUGCUCUUUGCUGUUAUUAUAAACAAUUUUAUAUUACGUUUUU